GUUCCACUACCGUCUUAUCCUUGUCCAUCACCAUCCCCGACGUGCUUUAUCCAACAACGUUCGGGAAUUCUAUCUGCUAACUCCGCGGAAAGCUCCCAGCGUCCCAUCCGAUCAUCCAACGUGCGCGAACGAGUCGGAACCGUAGGAAAACUCAGUCAUGACCCAGCCCCGUGUCCCAACGCUGCAGCUGCAGUCGAACGAGUUCUGCAUCUGUGCCGGAUCGCUGCUCUUCCGUCACAUCCCUAACAAGAAGCGGAAAACUGGGCCUACGGCCGAUGGCUUUGCCCCCUCAACCAAUUCCAGCGUGGCGACGGAUAAGAAACUAGAAGCAUGUAUCCUGUGGCAUUCUGACCGAGAAGAAUAUCUUCUCCCCAAAGGUCGUAAAGACAGGGGAGAGAGUCUGGAACAGACCGCGCUCAGGGAAACGUACGAAGAAACCGGAUAUCCAUGCAAACUUCUUCCGGUUGAUAUGGUCACCAGAGCUCCAGAGCCAGGCGUGAAUACGAAGGACGGCGUUGGCCUCUAUGUGGCAGAUUGCAUCGAGCCGUUCACAAUAACCACCCGCCAAAUCGCUGAACGGAAUAUGAAGUACAUCUUUUGGUUUGUAAGCUGCGUGGACGAGGAUCAGAUCGAGGUUGAGGUCGACGAGGAAGAUCCCGCAGCUGCUCCUGGUGCAGUUCCCAACGGAAUUACGAAAGCACGUACACAACUCCGGCCCAAGUGGCCUCGCGAUGAUUGUGGAGAAGUGAAGAGAAUUGAAGGCACGCAGAUGGAUAGCGAGCGCUUCGAUAGCAGAUGGUUUCCCGUAGAGGAGGCACUUCAGAGGCUUACAUUCACAACGGAUCGCGAAUUACUCGCUCGUGCGGUCGAGCUUGUCCGGAAUACGUAUGGACAGGAUGACCGUCCCUCCUGAUAGCUACUCAGAGUCUCCUGCAACUCUCGAUAUCGAACGCAAACCGGCUUCGGAGGUGGCCAUGAAUGGCGGAUUCCCAUCUCCUUUCAGAUAUUCACCCUACCUCCGUAGAUCUCUCGAAGGUUCUUGAUCCGGAUGCACAUCUGAUUGUAGCCAUAUCCUAAAGUCUUCCUC